AAGUGGUAUUUUGUUAAAUUAAAUCGUGUUGUUUUCAAAAAUAACAACUGAGUUUUUGCUGCGGUAGUUACCGUCAUAACCUUGUUUAUCAUUCUGUAAAGAACGUAAAGGAUUUUCCCAUCAUAAAAACCUACCUUCGCCUCACCGGACAGAGAUGUCGUGGUACUGAACAAUUUCUGAAUUCAUGUACUGGCAGUAUUUACAUGGCACUCCAAGGAUCCGUCUGUUACUCUGGUGACCAACACUGCAGCUGAUGGCAUGGGAGAGUUUAACCCAUUUACAGCCGCUGCUCUGGAUGAGCGCACCAUUCCCAUAUCAGCCACCUCUCAAGCAGCUGUCCUUCAGACCACAGUGGAGCCCAGUCCACAAGCCAGUGUCGCUGCAGGACAGGCUGAGCUCCUCCGUCAGCAAGCGGAGCUGGAGAAGAGGGCUGCUGAGCUGGAGCGUAAAGAGCAGGAGCUUCGGGAUCGAAACACGGCAUUAGGUAAAGAAAACAACUGGCCACCUUUGCCUGAUUUUUUCCCAAUAAAACCAUGCUUCUAUCAGGAUUUUAAUGAAGAAAUCCCUGUGGAAUAUCAGAGGGUUUGCAAGAUGAUGUACUACCUCUGGAUGUAUCACAGUGUGACGCUGUUUCUGAACUUGCUGGCCUGUCUGGUGUAUUUCACUGUAUCUACUCAGAAUGGAGUGGACUUCGGACUCUCAAUCCUCUGGUUUAUUUUGUUCACUCCUGUGGCUUUCCUCUGCUGGUACCGACCCGUAUACAAAGCCUUUAAAUCUGACAGCUCCUUCAGUUUCUUCUUUUUCUUUUUCAUUUUCUCAUUCCAAGUAAUAGUGUACAUCAUUCAGAGUGUGGGGAUCCCCGGCUGGGGGAACAGUGGCUGGAUCACGGCCAUCUCUGUGCUCAAGACUAGCAUAGCCGUGUCAGUCUUCAUGAUGGUGGUGGCUGGAUUCUUCAGUGGCAAUGCUGUGCUGUCCAUUAUCUUACUGAAAAUGGUUCACUCCAUGUACAGACACACAGGUGCGACCUUCCAGAAGGCACAGGAAGAGUUUUCUCAGGGGGUCGUCACUAACCGAACCUUCCAGUCUGCUGCCACCACAGCUGCAUCUUCAGCCGCACAGAGAGCCUUUCAGUAACAGCCACAGAUACUGUUAAAGACUGACAUUAAGUUCUGCACAUGAACCUCCAUCAACCCAAACCUCGUAUGGAAGGACAGUCUGUAUUUGAGGCUUCUUAAAGCUUAUGUUUUUUUCCCCUGCUGCAAUGCAUUCAUUUGUUUACUGAAAGUUGCGUGGCUGUUGAUCGGUGAGGCACUUUAGAUGAUAACAUGGGUCCUGUGAGAGUACAAGUUGUAUUUGAUUUUAUGAAUAAGUUAUAUUAAGUUAAAGUGAUUCUGAGGCACUAUUUAAUUGGUUUAUGUAAUGUUACAACAUUGUUACAAUAUAGUCCAAAUUCGUCAAUCCAAAUGAUACUGUCUAGUUCGGUCCCUGCUAUAUGCAUUUAGAUACCGGUUGUGAAGUGUAUUAUUACAUGUUGAAUUAUUCUAGUUUGAUUUCGUCUUUAUACCCCAACUCAAUUAAUUGUAAGCUGAUGUCUCAGUAUUGGUUUUACAUCAUUUGAACAACCAUUCCCAAACAAAUGUAGAUCGUCUUUAGAGUGAACCAUAGUACUGUUGUGAAAAAAGUGCUGUUAUCUGUUUGUUGCAGUCUUGUUACAUUCUCAAACUGAAGUGAUUUUGCAGUGUUCUUAAUUACGAACAAAAUAUGUAUAUAUUUACAAAUUAAGCAGAUCUUAUUUUACUGUGGUUAACUUGGGUG